GAAAUAGAUAGUGAGGAUCUUCAGUUGUUUGUAAAAAAUAAGAGGUCAUUGUCGAAAACCAGGGAGAUGAUGGGUUUUGGAAAAAAGAAAAAGUAGGAUUUUUAAGGACUUGUUUGGCUCUGAUUAUACUUCUGCACACAUUCAUAAUGAUUACAGUCGCAUCCCUAAAUGGUAACAGUUUGAGAAACAUGAGCAAAUUUGAGCAGGUAUUAGUGUCUGUUAAGGCAGACAUGUUGUGUUUUCAAGAGACCAAUUGGACAGACUCCAAAAUGCAGGAGAUUAAGAGUAAAUGGUCAGAUUUAAUUUUUUGUAGUCAUGGAGGGGAUAAAACAUGUGGUGUGGCUAUUUUGAUAAAAAUGAUGUGGUGCAAAAUGUAAAAGAAAUAUAUGCUGACAAUGAUGGCAGACUUAUUGUAAUUGAAUUUGAAGUUCAAAAUGUAGUUUUUCGUUUAAUUAAUGUUUAUGCUUCAAACAUUGAAUCUGAAAGGAGAGAAAUGUUUCACAAAUUAAAAACACUGUGCUCAGAAAACUGUAUACUGAUAGGAGAUUUUAAUGUGAGGUGUAGUAGAAUGGAUGCCUCUAGUUGUGCUAAAUUCAGAUAUGACUCUUCUAGAAAUGCAUUAUGGAAACUUAUGAAUGAGGAGAAUCUAGUCGAUAUAUGGAGGGCUGAAAAUCCAAACAGAAGAGUAUUCUCUAGAAGGCA